AUGGACCUGUCACCGCCGGGUAGGUUCCCUGGUGAGCUUGCGCCAGACUCACCGUCUUUGGGGUCUAUUUUAGCGGAUGAAUCCCCUCUCUCCACUGCAGAUACGAUGGGAUCCGUAACUACAACAAGAACUGGCAGCAGCGGCGGCCGAGGCAGUGUCAGUGUUACCGACGGUGAUUAUGCGGGGGGCAGCCAAGGUACCCCAGCCUGGAUGCCCGAUACCACCAGCCUCAACAACAUGCUAAGCGAAAAUGCACUCGAGUCCAUUAGCAGGCAGCGAGCACAGAACAAACUCAUUCACUUGGAUCCUAUCCCAGAUUUUAAAGAUCGCCAGGAAAUCAAACCGUGGUUACAAAAGAUAUUUUACCCACAGGGAAUAGAAAUUGUAAUAGAGCGGUCUGAUAGUAUCAAAGUCGUCUUCAAAUGCAAGGCAACCAAAAGAGGAAGAAUCUCACGCACCACAACGGGGACUGGUGCAAGUGUAAGUGAAGAGAAUCCAGAGAGUCCGCAGGCGGCAAAGAGGAUACUGCAGAAAUCGAGUAAGAAAAAGAGGUGUGUCUCACCGUACAACACUUGCCCCUUCCGAGUAAGAGCUACUUAUUCGCUUAAACGCAAGAAAUGGAACAUUGUUGUGAUGAACAAUGGACAUUCGCAUGAGCUUCAGUUCAAUGCGGACAGUGACGAAUAUAGAAAGUUCAAGAACCACCUUCGAGAGCAACAGGACUGGGAUGCCGUACGAAAGUUCGACGAGCUAGAGGUUCGCUCGCGAUUCAACUUGCCCAUUGAACCUCAAUCCAUCCCUUGCGACUGUGGGCUGACGCAGGAAAUCAAAAGUUUUGACAUUGUCCUACCGACAUCCGACAGCUUGAACAAACCAGCAGACAAGACUGUGAGCAAACCACGCCACAAAUCAGAAGUCAUGCGAAAAAAGAAAAGCUUUGCUCAUGUUUUGAGCCGAAAUUCAACACCUUACGACUGGGAUCAACUGGAACAGCAGCUCGAAGCAGUGCCUUCAGCAGGUGAUAACCGCAAUCAAAUGCACGACAUAGUUCCCCCGGGACCUGCGAUUCCGCCCCUCAACCCGCCGCAACCUUUCGGUAUGCCGCUCACCAACUGGGAUCCCGUUGACCUCAUAGUGCAACCGGAGGAAAUAGAUUUCACGAAUCUUUUUGUUAGACCGGCGCCACGAGUGAAGCAGGAGGAGACGAUUUUUCCCAAACCACUACCAUCGUCAUCAAGCAAACGCUCUGUGCCAGAGCUACAGACAUGGGAUGUUAGCAAAAGCCUCGGGGACGCAGUACAUUAUGGACCUUCGCAGCCGUUUUGUGAGAUAAACCAUUCGAACGAGUGUGAUUGCUUGCCGUCGUCGUCCCCCAACCCACCGCUGGGGCCACCGACUUUGGAUCGGGACAAAGUACACCGAUAUGGCUCACAAAGCGCCAUGUUUCAACAAGACCCCUCGUCGGAUGGAUAUCUGAGCAACGACUUGAGAAACGUUCACCUUACGAGUCCUCAACUGCAUGCCUCAAGCCCCGACCCGAGCAUAGUGUGGUACCUACCUAAUGGCAGUCACCCUCAUGAAUAUAGUAAUGAUUUCUAA